UUCACACUCGGGGCAGUCCGCCGAAACCUUGUUUCUUCUUCUUCCCCUGUUCUUCUGAAGAGCCGACUCAGUAGUUCUCCAAUGGAGGGAACCAACAAAACCACCAAAAGAAAGCUGGUCAAGAAAUCUGAAAACAAGGUCGAUAAGAAACCCAAGAAGGAGCUUGAAGAUACGGUUCCCCCUCAACCACACGACGACGCCUCCGACUCCGAUUUGGACGAUCUUCCCAAACUCCUCGAACCCUUCUCCAAGACCCAACUAAUCGAGCUCAUUUGCACCUCCGCUCUCAAAGACCCCAAUCUCCAAGCCCAAAUUCGAGCUGCUGCCGACCGCGAUGUCUCUCACCGCAAGAUCUUCGUCCAUGGCCUUGGUUGGGACGCUACCCGAGAAACCCUAACGUCGGUUUUUGAAUCUUUUGGUGAAAUUGAAGAUUGCAAUGUGGUUAUGGACAAAAACACAGGGAUGGCUAAGGGCUACGGGUUUAUUUUGUUUAAAUCCCGGCAGGGUGCGAAUAAGGCGUUGAAGGAACCUAGGAAGAAGAUUAAUAACCGGAUGACUUCCUGUCAAUUGGCUUCUGUGGGUUCAGUGCCGCCCUCGCAAAGUCAGGAGGUUGGGCCGCGGAAGAUUUAUGUUUCUAAUGUGCACCAUAAUGUGGAUGCUGAGAGGCUUAGGGCGUUCUUUGCGAAGUUUGGAGAGAUAGAGAUGGGUCCGAUCGGGUUCGAUCCCGAGACAGGGAAAUCGAGGGGUUAUGCCAAUUUUAUUUAUAGAACGAAUGAAGGCGCGAGGAGGGCUCUUGAGGAGCCACACAAAGUGUUCGAAGGGAAUAAAUUGCACUGCCAGAGGGCGUCUGAGGGGAAGAACAAGAAUCAUAAUUCCACGCAGGCAGCGCAAAUCCUGGGGCAGACUCAGCCGCCGGUUAUGGCGGCCAUGGCUGCAGCUCCAAAUUUUCAAUUGUUUGCUCAACAUCCGAGCCUUAAUCCUGUGUAUGGUGGAUAUGGGAGUCCAGCUUUGGGAGGUGGUAUGUUGAACCAGGGAGUAGUUCCUAUGAGUCAAGUGGGUCUGGUUGGUAGUUCAGUUGGGGCUGGGAUAGGCUUGAGUGGUUAUAGUGGGGGGUCGUAUGGCUUAAGCCAAUUAAGUGCUGGGGCUUCGUCAUUGUUAGGCUCUUAUGGGCCUGGUUCGUCAUCACUGAAGGGGUUGCCGCACAUUUACUCGAGCACAAUGCUUGGUAAGACGGUUUCUGAAUCAGGUCAGGCGGCUGGUGGGUCUCUCGGUGGAUACACGUCACAUUUGUGAAUGGGGGUGGAGAUAGCCGAGAGAGUACAAUUCUUAGUGGCCCAAAGUCGUCUUUAACAAACAUGGGAGCCAGGAUUUGUGAUGGUUAAAUACUGCUCUUAUAAGACCUUUAACAAUCAUUGGACUUCCUAUUACUAAAGGCAGUGCGGUGGUUUAGGAUUGAUCCAAAUGUAAAUCUGGUAGUGGUACAUCUAUUAGAUAUAUGAGGGAGAUGUUUGAUGUAGUAUGAAAUUUUUUUGCCCUUUUUUAUGUACACUGAGCACCUCUCAUAUUAUUAACAAGAUACGAUCAACAGUUGCUGGAAUAUUAAGAAAUGGCAUCGGCUUGCCUUUAUUUUGUUGAUUGUCAAAUAAUGUGUAUUGUCCAUCGUGCACACAAGGGAGUCCUUUGUCCAAGGGAAAUAGGCACUAGUUAUAUUAGUUUCCUUUCCACCAAAGUAAAAGAUAAUAAUAAAUAGAUUACAUAGGCAAAACUGAACAUCUAAUUGAAAUAAAAUAAAAGAUAAUAAUAAUGUAAUCCCGUAACAACCUACAUCAAGCUGAGAGAGUGGGGCGAAAAAUUGGUCUUCUGGUUUUGCCAUUGUUGGGUAGUGAGGGAUCAAGAAUGAGUAAGAAGGUGUGAUUGCUUAAGUGUGGGGGCACAAGGCAUUGUCACGGACAACUACACUGGAUCUCAAGGUGGUGGAGGGUAGGUAUGGCAGCGAUGCAAAUGGUUGAACUUGAGACUGCUAUAGCUGUCGUGAAUCUGGACAUUUCACUGUAAAGUAUCCACACUGUGUCCAUUGAUCUCGAAAAUUGGUGAUUGACAGUUGCUUCUCUUGCUUCAUGGCGUGUUUAUUUGUUUUCAUCCACUCUCUCAGUUUUGAUCCAUGGGUCCUUAAGCAGGGUCUGUCGGGUGUUCUGUGACAGGAUCAAGUAGGGCUCUAUUUAUGGAUUUUUUUUCUUUUUCUUUGGGUGAUAAGAAACCUGUGGAUGUAUUAGGAAAAACAAAACCUCAAAACAACCUAUAGAGCAGAGGAAGAGAGAACCCUCUUCCAAAAGAGCAACAAAUCACAUAAGAGCCUCCAAAUCUUGAAGAAUCAUGGGGAGUAGGUAAUUACAAAAGAAUUGGUAUUUGGCACCCUAUCAUUACUUGGGCAUUGAUGUUCGAAUUAGGAUAUUUUAUAGGAGGAGAUGAUUAUUGGGGGAUAUGAACAAAAGAAAAUUCAAGAUAGGAAGAGGUUUUGGGAGGAUGUUCAAAGGGGGGACUCACAUUAAGGCCUCUCUCUAAUAUUUCUUCUAAUAAGUUUUUCAGUCAUUUUCCUCCCUUUCUCUUUUUAAGAAAAUAAACUAUUGGAGCUCUUUUUUCGAAGUGUUGUUUUGAAUCUUUUGAAUGCCCCUUUUCAGUUGAUAUGACCUUGUUUGUCCUUUCCUUCAUUUUUUUUAUUUUUAUUUUACCUUUAUACGUGCACACAUCCAAAUGCUGAACUACCAUAAACUGAUUCCUUAUUAAUCCUUUUAAAAUGACUUUUUUGAUAAUCAACUUUAAAAUGUUUGUUAAAAAAUUAUUUAAAAUCAACUUAAAUUUCAAUUUAUUGGUUACCAAAUAUUGCCAUCUAAUUCACUAAAGUGCCCCUUUGAUAACCAUUUGGUUUUUGGAAAUUGUGCUUGUUUUCUUACAACUUUUUACCAUAGUUCUCAUCUUUCCUAACUAUAUAUAUGUAUUCCCAGGCAAAUUUCGUUCUCAUCUUUCCUAACUAUAUAUAUGUAUUCCUAGGCAAAUUUCAAAGACAAAAUAAGUUUUUAGAAUUUUUUUUUUUUAAUAUUUAUUUUCAAAUUUUGGUUUGGUUUUCAAACACACAAGAUAGAUUAUAGAACAAAGAAAUCAAUUGGUGGAAGUAGGGUUUACAAGUUUAAUUCUCAAAAACUAAAAACAAAAUAGUUAUCAAAUAGAGGCCUAAAAUAUCCAUCGCACAAUAGAUAUACUUAAGCUUGAAAGACAGCUCUACCCUAACUGCACCUCCACUCGAACCCGAAAGAAACUUCUUCCUUGUUUCACUCAUGUUCUUAGAUUUCUUCUGGCCUAAUUUGAUUUAUAACAUGUUUUUAUUUAUUUUCCAACAGAAUUUUCCUUGUCUUCUCAUGAUUUGAAAAGUGAUGUCAGGUUGAAAUUUUGUGUUCCUUUUGAGUCUUCGACUUCUACUAAUGACCAGAAAACACUUCAUCAAAUUUUUAUUUUUAUUUUUAUUUUAUUUAUUAAUUGUUAAUUUUCCUUAUGGUCACAAAUACUUAAAUCUGUCCCAUCAUAUGGUGCUUGUCUUUUAAUUAGCCAAUUUGGUUCAGUCUUUUUAUUCCGCGACUUAUUCACUUCCCCAUUAUUUUCAAUUAUUUCUUUUGGAUUAUUUUUUUAAUAGUACACUUCACUGGACUUAUUCUUAUGUUUCCUUUUGAUGGUCGUUCUUUUGCUAUGCUUCUUCUGAUUGGAGCUGUUUGGGGAACUGUUGAUUUUGUUGUAUUUCAGUCAACAAGAAUACUGUGGAUCUGUUUUUGGUUUUUGGUCUUUUCCUUUUCUUAUUUUAUUUUAUUUUUUCCUUUUUUCUUUCUUUGAUUUCUUGUUUCUUGUUUCAUUUUUCUUAUUUGGAUCUUCAACUUCAUUGUUUUGAUGGGAGUAUUCAUUUUACAGGCCAGAUUAUUAGUUUGCGUUGUCUUAUUUCUUUUAGAUGCUUGGGAAUCCAUAUUUGCGUUUGAGGUGCUGCUGAACUUGUGGAUGAAUGAUUCUGUACUUUUGGGAGAGUUUCUGUUAAGAGCUUCAUUUGGGCUUAUUUGGCUUUGAUACCAUUUUCCGACAAACCCUUUUCAUUUCCUUUUACUGUUUUUCAUUCUUCUUUUCCCUUGUUUUUUUUUUUCUUUUUCUUUUUUCUCUACCUUUUCUUCUUUCCUCCCCCCUCUUAGUUGUUUUAUGUAGUAAGGACCUACUGAUUGGCACUAGCCUUAUGUUUUAUACUUCACCUUUGUUAAUAUUAUCUUUUCUAAUCUUUUUAAAGUCGUUAUAUAUAUUUUUAUCAUUACUA